UUCACUCGCUCUGUGCUUGGCGAAACUACCAAUGAGUUAAGCGCCACUGACAAGUUCAGAUACAUUCUUUUCAAAAGAAUAUCAUUCUCUCUCUCUCUCUCUGUGUCGCUCUCUAUCAACUGAUACGAAUUACGAAUUACGAAGAUGGCUUCGCAUUCUUCGUCUAGAACCAGAUCGAAUAGGUUUUCGUCGUCCUCCCCAAAUUCGUCCUCAAAAGCCUUCGCGUCGUCGUCCAGCUCGAGUUUCUCCUCCCAUUCUUCCGCCUUCUACACGCGCUCCUCCUCUCCCACACGUGUGAGAAUGUACGGACUCUGUUUUGCCCCGUCGUCUCGGUCGGUGCGGUUCGCGAUCGAUCGUCCUACAUCUCCUGGUCGCUCGAUCUCUAUGAGGAAGCAGAGCAUCGGCGGCGGCAGAAAUGAAAAUGGCAAUGGCAGCCGCGGCGUGGUGUCCAAUCAGAAGAAGACGUCCACGUGUUCGCCGACGACUUACCGUGGCUCGUUCCGAUGCUCUCUGCACAAGAUUUUGAGAAAUAAUGGAGGACUUCACGUCCAGGAUCAUACGGCGGUGUCGCAGCAUUCCAGUAGUAGAUUGAACUGGAGGAGAUCGGCGAUGACGAGUUCGCUGGUGAGGAUCGGAGGAGUGGAAGGUGACUUGGUUAGGAGAGCUUUAUCGGCACUGAUUAGGCCGUCUUCUCACCAGCAGCGGCGGCGAGCUGCUUUUCAGCCAAGGCCAAGCCGGCUCUCCAUCAUGUCCAAAGCUGACGAUUUCUGAACAUUUUCCCCGCAAUUUUCGUGUUGUAUAUAGAAUUCAAAGGGUCCAGAACACUUAAAACGACAUACAUAAGUCACAUAGCUAAGCUACCUGACUCAUCGAGAACACAGAAGCAGCCCGCAGAGUCUUUUUUUUUUUUUUUUUCUUUUUCUUUUUCUAUUAGUGAUUUUUUGAGUUUCUUCCAAAAAUUAAAACAAAAAAAAACAAAAAAAAUGCUAAGAAUUUUUGAAAUAUUAAAAAACUGAUUGAUUCCUAGCGCUAGAUUAAAUAUUUUUUUUUAAGUUCAAUUUUGUUUCUGUGUAACUGUAUUGAUAGCUUUGGGAUUUCGGCGGUUUCUGGAUUUGCUUAAUUUGUGUGUUUUUGUAUGUCAGUUUUGGGUGUUAGGCAUUAGACAUAAGCAAUGCAAUACAAAUGCGGAGAGGAUGAACAACGAUGUGGAACUCUGGAAGAUCAACCCGGAUUCAGCGUUUUAAGUGCGAAAACAGAAAUUUCAAAUUCGAACUAUCCACAAGUUGAAAAAUAUAAAAGUUUUGGCGGUAGGAAACUCGGAAUACUUGAGAAUCGUACUACAUAUUAUACAUAGAAAACUAGCCGCAUUUUGCAAAUAAAUUGAAGUGUGUCUGAUAUUUGUAAAAAAAAAAAUAUAUAUAUAUAUAUAUAUAUAUUGUCACCUUGACUAACUUAUCCAGCACAAUUUGUUUGAUGUUUUGUUUUGUUUGUUUUACAUUGGACAUAUUUUAUAUUAUAUUUUAGACUGUAAUAUGUAAUAUAGUAAAACCAACAAAAAAAAUUAAAUGAAUAAAUUAGGCAUACCUAAUAUUAAGUUGUAUAUUUAUAAAUAAAUAAAUCAUGGAUAUUAUGGCUCA